AUGGCGGAUAAGUACGUGUCAGGCUACCCCCCGCCACCGUACUACUUCCAGGAGUAUGUAGCUGCGGAUGAGCAGGUGAGCCAACUGGAAGAUACCGAAGAAGGGGAAGACCACGCGGACGACGCCUGCCAUUGGUUAUGCGGCAUAAAGGACCAGUAUAACAUUUACGACGUUACAGAGAAUGCCCCCAUCCAGGCACCAAUCGAUGGGAAGGAAAAGUACAGCAAGAAGACGUGCCAAUUGAUGCUGGGGAGACCCCCGCCACUACCCCUCAGAAGCAAUUACAACGUAUUUGGGAUUAACCACCAAGUGGAGAGAAGAGUCCAAAAUCUAGAUAGUGAUGAGUUACUAUAUGACGAGAAAAAAAAUUUGAAAAAUGAAUUUAUUAAGCUUUAUAAAAAAUAUAAAGACUGUUUCUUCGAUCUUUUUGACGACAUUGUGAAUAACAGACGGGACGACAAGACCAAGAUCAAAAUGUUGAUUAAGGUCCACGUAAAUCUAUUUCACAUUUUGGCCAAGUUGAGAUUCUACCAGAGUGUUAAUAAUGUCAUUAACAUUCUGAAGGUGCAACUGAAAAGACGGCAGAUAGCCAUCGACAAGAUGAAGUUAAGCCUCCUUCGUAUUUAUGGCUAUAUAAAUUUUGUGCAGGAAAAUUUCUCCACCACUCGCGCGAUUGCGGACGAUGACGAGGGGGGAAGUCCCAAACGGAGGAGGAAGCUGGACGCACUGUAG